AUGCAGAACACAUUCCAUCUCCCAAUCUACACACCGCCGUCGCUGCCCAUCCAGGCAGAGUCUUACGACGUCCAUCGCGAGAAUGGGACGCCGUUGAUCAUUGAUAAUGGCGCUACGACCUUGCGCUGGGGGUUCGCGACAUCCUCGACACCGUACACCGGUCCCAAUGCUAUCGCGAAAUACAAGGAGAGGCGCACCAACAAGCCUCUUCUUCUUUUUGGAGAGGGGAUUGACACUGAAAGUGGAGCUAGAGGCCAGGCGCGUACGCCUUGGGAAGGCGAUGUCCUCCUCAACUUUGACGCCUUGGAAAACGCAUUGGACUAUACGUUUAUUCAUUUGGGAAUUGAUACUCCAACUGUAAACCAUCCAGUGCUUAUGUCUGAACGGUUGGCUACACCGUUACACUCCAGAGCUCUGACUUCUGAACUCAUGUUCGAACUCUAUUCUGUCCCGUCCCUUGCGUUCUGUGUGGAUGGACUCAUGUCGUUCUACCAGAACCAUCGUCCACCGGCGGGUUCACCGUUUACUUCUGACGGCCUCGUGCUAUCAUUCAACACGGCAUCUACAUCUGUUAUUCCAAUGCUCAAUGGAAAGGGUAUCCUUAGUCAUGCCAAGCGAAUACCAUGGGGUGCUUCCCAGGCCUCCGAAUACCUUCUCAAGCUCAUCCAACUCAAGUAUCCUGGUUUCCCAACCAAGAUCACGACGAACCAAACAAACUGGAUGCUCCAAAACCACUGCGAAUUCACAUCCGACUUUCCGUCCCUUCUUCGAGACCUGAGGGAUCCUAUCAAACUCAAGGAAUCUGAGCGGAUUAUACAAUUCCCAUUCGCUGCUCCAGUGCAGGAGGAAAAGACUGAAGAAGAACUGGCGAAGAUUGCUGAGCGGAGGAAGGAACAGGGGAGGAAAUUGCAGGAGAUGGCUGCGAAAAGUCGGAUGGAGAAGCUGGCGAAGAAGGAAGCGGAUCUUCAGGCGUUGCUUGAGCUGAGAGAGUUGAGGAGUACUGAGAAUAAACGGGAUUGGGCUGCCAGACUAGAAGAUGAGGGCUUCGAUAAUGAUGCUGCUUUGGAUGAUACGAUCAAGAAACUUGAAGCAGAUUUGAAGAAGGCACGUCGGAAGGAAGGAGAUGUUGACGAACCUAUGGAAGAGCCGUCGUUCCCGUUAGUCGACAUCCCAGAUGCAGAUCUAGACGAGGACCAACUCAAAGAGAAGAGGAAGCAGAAGCUCAUGAAAGCAGGUUGGGAAGCCCGUAUGCGUGCACGCAAGGAGAAAGAGCGCGAGCGGGAAGAGAAAGCCAGGGAGGAGCAGCGCGAAGAGGAGGAACGGCAGGCCGAUCUAGAUGGAUGGGCGAGAAAUCUAAGGCAGCAGCAGGAGGCUUUGAUGACGAAGAUCAAGGACCGGAAUAGGCGCAAGGCUGCGUUGAGCGACCGGAAGAGUGCGGCGGCUCAGGCGAGGAUGAAGAAUAUCGCCAAUCUUGCUGCAGAUGAUACGGGGGCUCCGAGGAAGAAACGAAGAGCAAAUGGCGAGGAUAUGUUUGGAGCAGAUGACGCGGAUUGGCAGAUUUAUCGUAAAAUCGAGUUAACUUUCGUUCACUGCGGAAAGAAUACAGCAGCACCUUCAUCGGACGAAGAAGACGACCUUACGCAGCUCCAGAUCAUCGAGCAAAAGCUCUUAGCCCAUGAUCCAACGUUCACGGAUCAGCAUACACAUGCGUUUUUGACGACGCAGAGGUCUGCUCUGCUUUCUGCUUUCUUGCCGUUCUAUGAAGAGGGGGAUGUUGAAGGCCACACCCGCAUCCACCUUAGCACAGAACGUUGGCGCGUGCCCGAGACGUACUUUUCCCCGGGGAUGGCUGGGAUCGACACCGCAGGGCUUGGUGAAGUGAUCCAGAAUAUCCUGGCUCGGUUCUCUGAAGCAGAGAAAGCUCGGCUUGUAGGGAACAUAUUCCUAACUGGCUCUCCCUCCCAACUCCCCGGGCUGUCUACGCGGUUGCACUCUUCCGUUCGACCGAUCCUCCCGCCUGAGAUGCCGAUUGAAAUUGUGAAAGCUGCUAACCCGAGUCUGGAUGCGUGGAGGGGUAUGGCGGCGUUUAGUUUGACGGAGGAGUUUAGGACUGUUGGGGUCACGAAGGCUCAGUAUGAAGAGCAUGGACCGGAGAGGAUUAAGAGGUGGUGGGGGUCUAAUUGGAAUGGAAGUAUCUAGAGGUUUGAUUGGGGCCAUACCUUUCUCGCCCUGGUGUUGAGUCUCCGUAUCUUGUAUUGUAUCCAGUGCUCUGAUCAUCAUAUGGGAAGACCUCAACA